AUGCGUUUCGUUACAGGAGCAACUUUAGGGCUACUUGCCUCCGUGCAGGCCGCUUCUGCUAUCUCGACCCAGAACAAUCAUAAACGUUUUGCCGCUCCUCCCUCCCCGGAACCGAUUGUGGUUACGGAACUUCCCCUGCCACCUGUUACCCCGAACGACAAGAACGGCUCCUGUACGCCAGCGAUCAAUCCCCGUCGGACAGGAUGCAUGUUGCAGUCCUCUCGGAUUGAGGGCGGCAAUUUCCUGCCAGACAAUAACCAUGUUACCAUCAGCGUGACCUUUGCCGGAGCCCCAACCAGUAUCUAUAACGGCACCCAUCUGGUCAUCGUGAAGGCGGACAACACGACUUUCCCUAAUGGCGAUCCCUGGAAGUGCAUAACCUGCGGUGUCCCGGAGAAGAAUAAGGUCGGCAGCACCGAGCUGAGCCCCUAUGCUCAGGCCUUCCAUGAUGGCAAGCGGGUGCUGGUCGGGAAUAAUAUCGUGGAUUGUGGGUCUUCCGAACUGGCUAGCAAAGACUGCACCCCGGACAAGGUCCAUAUUUAUCCGGUUCGUUUCAGUGGUGGCGAGCUACGAGAGUUGCGGAUUCAUCCCGACAAUGUGCACCUUGGAUUCAACUCGUUUACGAUCAGCAGUGGAAACCUGGGGCAGUUCGCCUACUUUGGUCGUCUGCAGUUCAACGAUUCCUCCGCGGAACCGGGGUACGAUGUUGUGAAGGUCACUAGAUUGUUCAACCCCAGCUCUUCGCAGCCAAUGAAGGCAAAAGGCAAUCAGUUGGUUUUCAACGAGUCGGCAAUUGCAGUGGGUGAGCUUCGUGGCUUCACCGGCCGUGGCAAGGAGGUUAUCUACGUCGGAAGCCCUGUGGAAUCAUGCAACAUCGACGUUUUCGCCGCCGACCUAACCACCGGUAAGGUCCGUCGUUUGACCAGCCAUCCGGAAUACGUCGACCCUAUUGAUAUCUCGCCUGACGAUAGCUCUCAGGUCAUCUUGGAUACUCGCGGCACGGGCCGCCAGAUGUUCAUGGCCGGCAUGCGUGGUAUUCCGCCGAUCAUCGAUAUGAUCGUUACUACGGCGGCCUCAUCGACUCGCAACAAUGGAGCCAGACGAUUCUUCCUCCCCUGGUUGCUCGAUCAUGACGGGGACCGUGGCGAUUACUUCGGUCAGCAGAUCAACGCCGGCGGAGACGGAAGUCCAGGAAGCAUCAACGAUCCGAACUGGAAUGCUGCUGCCGACCCGAAAUGGUCAUUUGACGGGACUCGCAUUGCGUACGCCGAGAACCUCGUCGUGUCUCCGGCUUGCGGUGGAAAGAAUCCUCUUCCUUGUCCCAAUUCGACCGCGCCCGGCGGUCGCGUUACUCGGCUGAUGUUGGCACGUUUGGCGAGUCGGCAGCCACUGAAGCUCGAUCGUGUCGAACCCGUCGCCGAUGAAGUUCCCUGGGGCGUGCCGGUAACAGAAAGCACUGAGCUCCCUGAGCGCCCGUUUCCGGCUCAGGGCAAUUACACGCUGAAUGGCAAGGCGUCGGGAACAGCUUCGGUGUCGGUCGUCUACGAAGGAGACCUGAUCAAGACCGUGGCGGUCACUUAUCGAAACUAUUCCGACGAUGGGAAAAUUACCAUCGAGGGAUCCGAGAAGGUCACCAGAACGCUUGAGCAAGUCACCACAAACAAGAUUGACUGGUACUCUAACCUAACCUCGACCGGAGAGCAGAAAGCGAUCAAGAAGACCAGCCCUGGGGGAUUCCAUUUGGAGGUUGACUCGCUCACCAACAUCUUCAAGGCAAACGGCACGUUGACUACGACGGUGGAUGGAAAGGAGUGGAAGCAACCGGCCAACGGGACUUGA